AUAGCACAGCAUGGAGGGUGUUUGCCUUGCACACAGUUGAUCUGGGCUCUAUCCCAUAUCCCAUACACUGCCAGGAAUGAUUCCUGAGUUACAGAGCCAGGAGUAAGCCCUGAGCACUGCCGAGAGUUGCCCCAAAAACCAAAAGAAAAAAAAAAAAAAAAGAAAGAAAAACUGGCUAUUUCUAGGUUUCUAGAUAGACUGCUGUCUACCAGUGACCCUGGGUGUCUUUAACGGGAUUCCUUGCAAUGAUGGAUUUCUUGUUUUUCCCUUUAUUUUGGGGGUGCGGUGGGGGUGCACUCACUGGUGUCCCCUGUGUUCUCUGUGGCUCUGAUAGUGGCAGGUUUCUUCCGGCCUGCAGGGUAGAGGCCAUGCCACCCCCGGGGAAGGUGCCACGGAAGGAGCUGGAGCUGCAGUGCGAGUGGGGGGACUGUUCCUUCGUGUGCUGGGCUGUGGAGGAGUUCAUAGAGCACGUACAGCAGCACCUGCAGCAGCAUCUUCGUAGCUCCUCCAGGGAGGACGAGGAUGACGACGACCUGCUGGAUGAAGAAUUCUCCUGCUUGUGGCAGGAGUGUGGCUUUUGCUCCCUGGACAGUUCCUCUGACCUCGCCCGCCAUGUCUACUUCCACUGCUACCACACCAAGCUGAAGCAGUGGGGCCAGCAGGCCCUGCAGAACCAGGCCGACCUCAGCCCCUGCAUCCUGGAUCUGCAGAGCCGCAAUAUCAUCCCUGACACCCCCGACAGCUUCCUGUGUCUGUGGGAGCACUGUGAGAGCUCCUUUGACAACCCCGAGUGGUUCUACCGACAUGUGGACGCGCACAGCCUAUGUUGUGACUUCCAGGCUGCGGGCAAGGACAGCCAGGUGGUCACCUGUGGCUGGAAAGACUGCACCUGCUCCUUCAAGGACCGCUGUAAACUCCGGGAGCACCUCCGCAGCCACACUCAGGAGAAGGUGGUGGCCUGCCCUACGUGCGGGGGCAUGUUUGCCAACAACACCAAGUUCCUGGAUCACAUUCGCCGCCAAACAGCCCUGGACCAGCAGCGUUUCCAGUGCUCUCACUGCUCUAAGAGGUUUGCCACUGAGCGCCUGCUGCGGGACCACAUGCGCAACCAUGUGAAUCACUACAAGUGUCCCCUGUGCGACAUGACCUGCCCUCUGCCCUCCUCCCUGCGCAACCACAUGCGCUUCCGCCACAGUGAGGACCGGCCCUUCAAAUGUGACUAUUGUGACUACAGCUGCAAGAAUCUGAUCGACCUCCGGAAGCACCUGGACACGCACAGCAAGGAGCCGGCCUACAGGUGUGACGUGGACGACUGCAGCUUCACAGCACGCUCCUUGUCCUCCGUCAAGUCCCACUACCGCAAAGUGCAUGAAGGUGACUCAGAGCCCAGGUACAAGUGCCACAUAUGCGACAAAUGCUUCACGAGGGGCAACAAUCUCACUGUGCACCUGCGCAAGAAGCACCAGUUCAAGUGGCCCUCAGGGCACCCCCGUUUCCGGUACAAGGAACAUGAGGAUGGCUACAUGCGGCUGCAGCUGGUGCGCUACGAGAGCGUGGAGCUGACACAGCAGCUGCUGCGGCAGCCGCAGGAGGACUCGGGCCUGGGGACAGCUCUGAGCGAGAGCAGCCUGCAGGGCAUCAUUCUGGAAGCGGUGCCCACCGAGGCGGGCUGCCAGGAAGAGGUUGAGGAGGAAGAAGAGGAGAGCAGGGAGGGCCCGGCCCAGGCAUCAUCACAGGACACUCCCCACCGGGUCAUCCACAUGGUCAAUCAGACCAAUGCUCAGGGUGAGCGAGAGAUUGUCUACUUUGUGCUGUCGGAGGCCCAGGGGAAGCCGCCGCCGCCAGGCUCUGUUGCCCCCUCAGGGGGCGUCAUGGGUGGCUCCCAGGUCAUCACUGAGGAGCCAGGCACCCCGCAGGUGUGAAGGGCAGAGAGCCGA